AAAUAAAAAUAUUAAUGCUGCGGAAAUGGCAAUUCCCUUCCGUUGUCUGCGAUCCGUGGCUCGGUAUUAAUCAGAAAUAAACAAAUGGCCACUGUUGAGAUUCAGUCUCCGAGUUCUGUGCGGAAAGUUGUUGUUCAUCUUAGAGCUACUGGCGAUGCCCCUAUACUCAAACAAGUCAAAUUUAAGAUACCUGGAAGUGACAAGUUCGCUAAAGUAAUUGACUUUCUACGGCGGCAGCUUCAUCGGGAGACGUUGUUUGUUUAUGUCAACAGUGCGUUCUCGCCAAACCCAGAUGAAUUGGUAAUCGAUUUGUAUAACAAUUUUGGUUUUGAUGGUAAACUGGUGGUAAAUUAUGCUUGUUCCAUGGCAUGGGGCUAACGGUGAUGGGUGCUGUUGUAAAAUUGUUCAUGUGAAAUUUGGAUUAUUACUUCCAUACAUGCAAGGAAACAAGAUUUGCUGGUAGAUUGAAGGUGAUAUUUGGAAAUGAAAAGUGGAACUGAAUUUAAAUUCAUUAUGAUUUGAUUUGGAAAAGAUAUGUGCCUAAUAUAUGGGUAUGAAAAGGAUGUACUUCCCAUUGAUUGCUAUCCAACUGCCGAAUAAAUUUUGAUGCAUAACCAAUGUUACAUUACCUUGUUAAUUCUUACCUCCACUUUUCCUUUGGAAUCUUAAGGUUGUCGCUC